AUGUCAUCCCUGCUCGAGAGGGACGCGGCCGACCUGCCGACCUACAAGCCCGAGGAGGCCUUUGACUACAACAAAUGGACGCCCGACUCGGCCCUCUACGAGGGACUCCCCAUGAUGGACAAGCAGGUCCAGGUCGACGGCAAGACGUUGACCUACCAGGACUUCAACAUCUCGGCCCUCACCACGGAGCAGUUCAAGGAGCACUACAUGAGCCUUCCCGAGUACUUCGACUCGGAGGGCAGGUUCGUCCCCACGGAUGACGAAGCCAAGGCUUACCAAGCCUCCAUGGUCGCUCUCGCCAGCAACCCUGACGCGGACAUCCACGUCCCCGCCAGCCAUGUCAGCAAGAGAGCCUUCCCGGACAUUUGCUUCUACGACGACAGGCUGCGAUGCUCCAGCAGCUGCACCAACUACGUCUACCGCGGCGUGAGACAGUCCUUCAACAACAACGUCUACGGAUACUACCACUACGUCUCGGACCCCCAGUGCGGUAUCACCAAGACCGUCUCCGUCACCCACACCUCUGGCGUCACCAUCUCAGGUACCGCUGAUAUUCCUAUGUUUGGUGGAAAGAACACUUGGACCAAGGCUGCCUCUACCUUCCUCAGCACUUUCGGCCUCAGCAUCGGCCACACUCCCGACAGUGUCACCACCGGUAUCAGCUACGCCGGCACCUGCGGCCCCAUCAACGUCUGCUUCCUGUGGGAAAGACCCCAUUUCAGCGUCGACAAGGGCGUCAUUGUCACCCAGCCCCCCACCGUCACUCCCUACGAGGUCCAUGCCGUCCACACCGCGACGGAUGCCGGCGGUGCCAGCGCCCACGGACUGUGCUACUCCAUGGGCUACCACGGAUGCGGUAGCCGUGUGACCGCUUCCAACCAGAUGAUUCGCUGCCCCAACAACUACUAG